AUGGCGGCGAAUGCGACCAUGAUACAAAGCAGUCCUGGCCCAACGCCCUACAACGCCUUCGAAGAGUACAGCGCCGAAGACACACCGUGCUCGAUCCGCAGCGCAGGCUCCAAUGGCACCGUCCGACAUCAUCGACUGCGCAGCCUCUCGGGCAGCUCACUCUCGUCCCUCACCUCACUAUGGGCGCCUCCCUUCCGACGACAAGAGAACCGAAGCAUAUUCGAAUUAGCAUCGUCAAGCAAUCUCACCUUCAGGCGCCAGCCAAGUAGUCGAGCGCAACGCAGCGCAUCUGGAAGCUACUCACGGAGGGCAAGCGUAACAUCGAUCCUCAGCUCACGGCUGCGCUCGGACACAACGUUGGGGUCGGAAGCCACUGGCCAGCGUUUGCUGGAUGUGGCAGAGAGUGAGGCAGAGAUAACGGAGGUGAGCGAGGACGAACAAAGCAUGGCCGACCACGAAUCUGCCGCCAGUGUCAACCACGGCGACGAGCUGCCGUCCCUCGAGCUGGAGCUUGAAACACACGACGAGGAAAUUUGCGAUGAGCCCGAAGUCCAAGAGCAGGGGGGCAUCAAAAGGUGGCUCAGCACCCUCCGUAGACGCAAGAAAGCCAAACCAUCACCAGCCCGAUCUGGCAAAGUUCGACCCAAGCCCAACGAUGACCAGUUCAUGUUGAGCUCGCCAGUCAAACGAAGAUCCGCGCACCACAAGCCUUCGGACUCGCAAGGGUCGUCCCUUUUUCUCGUGACUGCUGUCAGGUCCGCCACCGCCACGAUUGCGAGUUUCAGCAAUGCCACCGUCUCGAAUAGAGAUGAUGCAGCCAAGCAGAGGGCGAGGAAGCGGCGUGCGAAGUUGGAGGAGCUCAUUCGUUCUGAAGAGGGCUACUUGGCGGACAUCCGAGCCUUGUCUAAGGCAUACACCACACUCCUCGGGAGCCAGCCGUCCGCAGCGCAUUUCGCUCGAUCGCGAGCACAGAAGAACAUCUUCGACCUCUGCACGCUCCACGAUGAGCUGCUGGGCAGCCUACACGCCGUCAUUCCUUUCGCAGAGUACGACCAGCGAUCCGCAAAGCUCUCGCCCGCUGGCGGUUUCCUGAAAUCGCACGCUCGCUGGCACAGCGUUGAUGUCGUGCCCACGCGGUCUCCUCCCGCGCAUCGCAAACUAACAGCAAUACGACAAGGUCGCCGCUCGCUCAACAUCAGCCGGUCUUCAGGGGAUGAAGAUCCGACAUUGACAUGUAGCCCGCAGAUUGUGGCGCUCGUGGCGAAGACGUUCUCUGCAUACAUCGAGCGCUUUGCGAUGUAUGAGGACUACGGAGCGAACUACGAGCUUGUCCAGCGCGAUAUCGAUGAGACACAACGAGGAAUGCUCAGCUGGCCGGACUUUGAUCGAGCCAUCGAAGUGCUGUCGGCGCAUGUGAAUCCAGUCAAGAGUCGGGAGGCGAACAAGAAGAGAGCAUUGACAGUGAAGGAUCUGCUCAUCAAGCCCAUCCAGCGGCUGCCCAGAUACGAAUUGAUCUUCAGCGACCUUUGCAAGCUGACGCCCGUCUGCGACAACCCUGUCUCCAAUGCAUCGCUGCAAGAGCUCUUGGUACAGCUCAACGAAGCAUGUCAACGACUCAACGCGGCCAAGGACAAUCCAGAAAGGGCGCAAAUGCUGCAGAGCACAUGCUUGAUCGGCGACCGGCUUACGUUCUCAAAUCAGCUCCCUAGGCCAGUCUUCCUACAGCUCAUGGGCCAGGUCCACUUAUGCGGGUGCUUGUACAUCACGUACCGCAGCAAAGACCGCAUAAAGGGUCUGUACGCCAUCUGCGUGCUGUUCGGAUCAACGCUGCUCCUCGCUACUGCUGAGGAAGACAACAGCAAACGGUACAGCACGAUUGCUGGCGUUUCGCUGGCCAAUGCAACGAUCGUGGAGAGCGACAACGGCAAGGGCCUGCAGUGCUACACUGCUCCGUACUCCUGGAAGCUGGUCUUUGAGCAUGCUGCCCGGAUGUUUGAGGUCAUCAUGGUUGCAUGUUCUUCUGAGGAGGCAGACGUUUGGCGAAGGUACAUCAGCCAGCGUAUCGAAGCGCACUCGAAGGCAGUCGCCGAUGGUACAGCGAAUGUCUUCGACCUGCACUCCCCACUCAUCGGCGAGAUGCGCAGCGUGGGCAAAGCAUUCGGCAAGCCUGGUAGCUUUGUUCGGCGGAUGUCAGUCCAUCGGACCGCGACUGUUGGACCAACGACCGACCUGAACCAGGUGAUCAUCAAGAACACGCAGUCUGCCAAAGAGGCGGUCGACAAUCCCUCGACUACGUCUCUGCAGAUCCCACGGUCUCAGUCCGUCGCUACACCGAGCCACGUACACACACUUGCACCACGACGAGCUGAGCGAGUCCGGCUUGAGAGCUUGCUGUCCGAUGUCUGGACCAAAGACCUCAUACCGUACCCUGGCAUGACACCGCGCCGCUCAGACCCAAUCAGAGCAUCUGCGAACCACGUCAUCCGCAAGUUCAGUAUGGCAAGCAUCACCAGCAACUUCUCGUCUUCCAAACAAUCUGCCAGCUACACCAGUAUGAGCCAGUCGCGGAAAGAAGACAUGCCGCCUCCGAAGAGCAGGGCACCGCCAUCUCGCCACCCAGCGGAAGCAUUCAGACCAAGCGCUCCACCACUCGUGGACUUCCACAAUGCCCCGGAAGCUUUCUUACCUGCCGAUUUCGAGCUACAAGAUCCGGCGGCGAAGCGCAAGAAGUCAUCUGCGCUGCGGACUUUUACAAUGACCAUAGAGCGGCCAUUCAGUCCGUUGCUCGGGGAGAACAAAUCUUCCACGCUCAGAAGGGCGCAAAGCGUGCGGGAUGCCCAUGCACACGAGGGGCCGGCGCCCAUGCCAGUGCCACCCAAGGCCGUGGAAGGGAGGCCGACCCUGCCGGUGUACAGCGUGGUCCAAGAACGUCCGAAGACGCCCGCAUUGAAGACGCAGACGUUGUCCCCGAAUCCUGAAGCCAGUAAGGGACCGGAUGCGCCAGCUAAAACACCAAGGAAGAGCAAGAGUAGAUUAUUACGACUUUUUGGGUAG